UUUCACGUCAAGAUGAUAGAGGAUAGACCUUACCACUAGGCUAUCUAGUCACAGUCUUGAAAUAUAUUUUCUUGUAUUAAAGUAAAGGUGCCAAUCCAUUGAAUGUUUUCAUCAGUAACGUAAACUUGGCAAUGUAUUGAAAAUUUUCUUGGAGCAGUAUAGUUUAAGGUCGUUGCAAUUCUUUUCUCUUUAAGGAUUUUCACACUAUCAGCCACCGGUCACUUCAUUGGUAUAUCUAAAUUACUACUUUGCGCCUUCCUCACUUUCAGAUUUAUGGUCUCCAGUUGUAUGCAUGAUCGAAUAGCACAGUUCCAGUCCAUGGAGAGUUCAGUUUCUCAACUACUUCCAUGUGACAGCAAUGGGGACUGCAUGGUGUGUGGGGAGAUGACACUGGAGGAGGAUACUCUGACAUGCAACACAUGUGCUACUCCCUGGCAUAUCCCCUGUCUUGGGACUGCUCUACCUGCCGAUGCAUCUUAUUGGGACUGUCCAGACUGCUCCUCCCUCCCCAACCAACCCAUAUCCGCAAGAUGUCAAAGUACACCUACUGUUGAUGCAUCUGAGCACGAGAAUGGUAAUAGACAAAAACACCUCUUUAACCUGCACAAUUUCGAGGAAGAUGAUGUAUUGCCCAAAAAUCAAGUUAUUGAGCUUUUUGAGGAGAGCCUCAAGUGUUCGUUCUGCAUGCAGCUUCCGCAGAGUCCAACCACGAUACUCUGUGGUCACAAUUUUUGCCUCAAGUGUUUCCAGAAGUGGGUUGGACAAGGGAAGCGAACUUGUGCAAAAUGUCGUUCUAUAAUCCCAUCUAAGAUGGUAAGUAACCCUCGUAUAAACUCAUCACUUGCUAUUGCCAUUCAAAUAGCAAAGUCUAGUCUCAUUGAGGGGAGUGCAGAGGCCUGCAACUUUGUUCACAGACAAAACCAGCCUGGCAAAGCAAACCGUCAUGAAUCUGGAAAGAAAAGUGCAUUUCAGGAAAACAUAUUUGUUACUGUUCCACCAGAUCAUUUUGGACCAAUUUUAGCAGAAAAUGAUCUGCGCAGAAAGCAAGGUGUCUUAGUUGGGCAAUCUUGGGAGGAUUGGAUAGAAUGCGGACAGUGGGGAGCUCAUGUAUCGCACACUGAAGGGAUAUCCGGCCAGUCAGAUCACGGGGCUCAGUCUGUUGCAUUCUCUGGAGGGAAAGAAGUUGACGAGGAUCAUGGUGACUGGUUCAUCUAUACAGGAAGUGAUGGGAGGAUUCUGCUUAAGGGUGAAGAAAAUAGCAAAUGCUUUCAUCAAAAGUUGGAGACUUGUAAUGAAGCUCUACAUGUUAGUUUUGAAGAAGGCUAUCCUGUUCGAGUUUUAAGAUUUUCUCAAAAGAUUCUAGAUCAAGCUGAUGGACGCGAUACUGCUAUGAUCAAUGCUGGAUACAAAAAGGAUGCAGAUGACAGUAGUCAGAAUGCUGAAUUUGAAGCUGAAUAUAAAGUCUUGGUGCAUGUACGUCCUGAAAAUAUUCUGGAUGAAGAGAACAUGAAGCUUCAAAAACGAAAAAUAGGACCAUACAAAGUCCUUCACAAGAUGAACUCUAACAUCUAUGUUCUGGAUUUGCCGGACAAUAUAGGGAUUAGUAACAUCUUCAACAGCAUAGAUCUUUCUCAAGAAAGUACCAUAGAAUCAUCAGUUUAUCUUGAUACUGGUUAUCUCUCCCCUUCUUAUCUACACACCGAAAUUGAGGACAUUGUUGAUACAAAAAUUAUAUCAACUCGCAAGGGUGGCUUUCAAAAGUAUUUAGUAAAAUGGAAAAACUUAGCCUGGUCCAAUUGCACAUGGAUUUGUGAUGAAGAGUUUCAAAAUUUUAAUUGUGAUCUUUAUGAGAAAUACCACUCUUGCAGCUCUUCAGGGUCACUAUUGACAAAGCGGCUGAGAGACAGAUCAGAUGUGUAUAGAAGAUUUGGAAAGUAUUACAGACGAGACGGCAAGUCAAAUUCCCAUUGUAACAUGAACUUAUUUGACAGGCUUCGGAGAAAGAAACUUCCUUCCUAUGUACCAAAAACUGGAAUACGAUAUGAUGGUAUAUACAGAAUUGAAAAAUGUUGGCUGAAAGUUUGUAAUGAAGGGCGCAAGGUUCCUCGAUAUCUUUUCGUUCGAUGUGAUAAUGAUCCUGCCCCAUGGAGCAGUAAUAACUACGGGGACCGACCUAGGUCAUUGCCCGAUUUGAAAGAGCUGAAGACGGCCAGUGAAAUUAGGGAGAGAAAAGAAAGUCCUUCCUGGGGUUACAAUGAUGAGAAGGAAAGAUGGAUGUGGAUAAAAGCCCCACCGGUAAGUAAAGAAAAAGAAAAUAGCCAAAAUCUAGAGGAUCGAAGGAAGGCAAGAAAAUGGAGAACACAUGCAUCUUCAAUGAGAGCAAGGCUUUUGAAAGAGUUCAGGUGUCUUCUAUGCCGGAAAGUGAUGGUUCUACCUCUUACAACUCCCUGUGCGCAUAACUUCUGCAAGUCCUGUUUGUUGGGUGCUUUUGCUGGUAAACCCUGUAUCAGACAGAGAAACUUUGAAGGUUGGCGGACAUUACGAGCACAAAAAAAUAUCAUGAAAUGUCCUUCAUGUUCAAAUGACAUAUUUGAUUUCCUUCAGAAUCCACAGGUUAAUACAGAGAUGAUGAAUUUAGUGAAGUCUCUCCUGCAUCAUGGUGAAGUGGAAAAGGACGUGGAGGUUAUCAAAGAAACGACGGAUCACUGUGAAAAUACUCAUGUAUGAUGAAACCCUGCAGCUAUUGCUAGUACUUUUUGUCCAAAUAAACUUAGUUUGUUUUCUGCUGAAUCAAGAAAUUUCAUGACAGUAUGUGAAACCUUCUUUUGUAGCUGGUGUGUGGAGUUUUUUAAGUUUUUGUUUGUAUAGAUCACAUUCGGUAG